AUGCAAGGCGGCGACUUCAUUAUCAUGCUCUUAGAUCUGCUCAUGUACGAGAAUGCUAAUGUCUUCAAUCUAGCCUUAGAGCUAUUGUUCAAGACUGGGUUCCGCACAACUGCAGCAUUAAAGCACAUGGAGAGCGUUUUUCUAGUGCUGAAUAGCGAGGAGCAGACGCGGAUCUCGCGAAUGCGCGAAGACAUCGUCACAUUAACCAAUGGCUUUCACACAUUCGAAUCUUGGGGCGUCAGCGACAGCUUUUCCAAUCAUGAUGCUACAAAGUUCACGCAAAUGAAGGACAUUUGCAAGCGGUUGCGGUACAUGUGCAGUGCAGGAGGCGUGGAGACAGGUGACCAGUCGGUUCCAGAUGAGACAGUUCAGCGAAACAUGAUGGAUCUUGGUCUUUUGUUAUGGCUGUGCGGCGCAUGAUGCCUAGCAUGCAAUGCUUUAUUGCGUAGGAUCACAGCUUCUGCUGCAUAGGUAGUGAAGCAAGUACAGGUUCUUGUGACGACUUUAACCGGAUCUGGAAUCUUGGAAUAACCUGCGUGUUAUAUUAUGUUGCUAAGGAUGCGCGUCCUCUAAUCUAGCGUGCCAUUUCUGCUGCUAUCGGAGUGCCAAUCGCUGAAUUCAGUGGCGAGGGUUUGAGCGUGUUAAAGGAGCUGAUGAAAGAGGUAUGCGGUUUGCUCACGAUGUUCGUCUACGAGAAUAAGCGAAAUCAGGCUGCCGCUUUCAAACUCCUCACCACGUUGCGCACUUGGUUCAAUUACGGCGUCGGCAUGGCGAAUGCGCUCGCCGCUAUCUUUUUGAACAACAG